UUGGGUUUCUGUGCUAUCUCAUCCUUCUGGAAAGCAACCUUCUCCUUUUCAUAAUCAUUGGUCGGUGACCAUAAAAUCAUUACAAAACAAGGCUUUGGACUUUCCGUUUGGAUAAUCAUGCAUUUCUCCUCUUCAAAAUUUCUUUUGCCAUAUUCCUCAUUUUCAACUCCAACAAGUGAAACAGAACAAAAUCCACAAAUAUAAUUUCAAUUCCUUUGAGUAUCUUAUACCUCAUUUUCAUUUUAAGGAGGAAAGCUGGUUCAUUUAGUUGAUGGUUUUAAGAUAUUAUGGGAAGCAAGAAUAAUACUCUAGUAUUGGCUUUACUGGUUGUUUUGAUUUUUGGAUGUCAUUGCUUUGGAAGGGGAUUGUGUGGAACAGUGAGUUAUGAUCAUAGAGCGCUGAUAAUUGAUGGGAAAAGGCGGGUCUUGCAGUCUGGUUCGAUACAUUAUCCUCGAACUACUCCUGAGGUGUGGCCGGACAUUAUUAGAAAGUCGAAGGAAGGGGGAUUGGACGUGAUUGAGACUUACGUGUUUUGGAACUAUCAUGAACCUGUGAGAGGACAGUACUAUUUUGAAGGCAGGUUUGACCUGGUGAGGUUUGUGAAAACAGUUCAGGAAGCUGGUCUUCUGGUUCAUUUGAGGAUUGGACCAUAUGCCUGUGCUGAAUGGAAUUAUGGGGGAUUUCCAAUUUGGUUACACUUCAUUCCUGGCAUUCAAUUUCGAACAACAAAUGAACCAUUUAAGGAGGAAAUGAAGCGUUUCCUUGGCAAAAUUGUAAAUUUAAUGACGGAAGAGAAUCUCUUUGCAUCACAAGGUGGGCCAAUCAUUCUUGCUCAGGUUGAGAAUGAAUAUGGGAAUGUUCAAGGGGCAUAUGGAAUUGCAGGAGAGUUAUAUGUCAAAUGGGCUGCAGAAACUGCUGUUAGUCUGAAUACAAGUGUCCCUUGGGUGAUGUGCCAACAAAAAGACGCCCCUGAUCCAGUUAUAAACACUUGUAAUGGAUUCUACUGUCAUCAGUUUACCCCAAAUUCUCCUUCCAAACCAAAAAUAUGGACUGAGAACUAUAGUGGAUGGUUUCUUUCAUUUGGUUAUGCAAUUCCCUAUCGACCUGUUGAGGACCUUGCAUUUGCUGUUGCACGUUUUUUUGAAUAUGGCGGUACUUUUCAAAACUACUAUAUGUAUUUUGGUGGAACCAAUUUUGGAAGAACAGCUGGAGGUCCUCUGGUUGCGACAAGCUAUGACUAUGAUGCCCCAAUAGAUGAAUAUGGCUUUAUUAGACAGCCAAAGUGGGGUCACCUCCGGGACUUGCACAAGGCAAUAAAGCAGUGUGAAGAAUAUUUGAUCAGCUCAGAUCCGACGCACAAGCAGCUUGGCAAUAACUUAGAGGCACAUAUCUACUAUAAAUCUUCCAAUGAUUGUGCAGCCUUUCUUGCCAAUUAUGACAGCAGGUCAGAUGCAAAUGUUACUUUCAAUGGAAAUUUGUACUUUCUUCCUGCUUGGUCUGUGAGCAUACUUCCAGAUUGCAAGAAUGUUAUUUUUAACACUGCCAAGGUUGUUUCACAAAGAAGUCUUGGUGAUUUUUCAUUUGCUCAUUCAACCUCUGUUGAUGAGAUAUCACUAGAGCCUGUGUGGAGUUGGUAUAAAGAAGAAGUGGGCAUUUGGGGUAACAACUCAUUUAUGGAGCCAGGUCUAUUAGAGCAGAUUAAUACAACAAAAGAUACCAGUGAUUUUCUAUGGUACUCGACCAGUGUGAGUGCUGAUCGAGAGAAAGAUAUUGUUUUAAAUAUUGAGAGUUUGGGGCAUGCAGCGCUAGUUUUUGUAAACAAAAGGCUUGUAGCAUUUGGAUAUGGUAAUCAUGAUGAUGCAAGCUUUUCACUCACUGAGAAAAUUAGUCUAAAUGAAGGAAAUAACACUCUGGAUUUAUUAAGUAUGAUGAUUGGCCUACAGAACUAUGGACCAUGGUUUGAUGUUCAAGGUGCUGGAAUUAAUUCUGUUGUGCUUAUUGGCCCAAGUAAUGGCAAGAAUGAUAUUUCUUCCGGGAAAUGGACCUAUCAGGUGGGACUUGAAGGGGAAUACCUUGGACUGGAUAAGGUCAGUCUAGCGAAUAGUUCACUGUGGAAUCAGGGGACUCCUCUACCUGUUUAUAAGAGUUUGAUAUGGUACAAGGGCAUGUUUGUCCCCCCUGAAGGAAAGGGUCCUUUAGCCUUAAAUCUCACAGGCAUGGGGAAGGGUCAGGCUUGGGUUAAUGGACAGAGCAUAGGCCGAUAUUGGCCUGCCUAUCUCUCACCACCAACAGGUUGCACUGACAAUUGUGAUUAUAAAGGAUCUUAUAAUCCAUUUAAAUGUCAGAAGAAAUGUGGUCAGCCUGCUCAAACACUGUAUCAUAUCCCACGCACAUGGGUUCAUCCUGGUGAAAACCUACUAGUCAUACAUGAAGAGCUAGGGGGAGACCCUUCAAAGAUUUCUCUGCUAAUAAGAACUGGCCAAGAGAUAUGUUCAAUUGUGUCAGAGGAUGAUCCACCACCAGCUGACUCUUGGAAAUCAAACUUAGAAUUCAAGUCUCAAAGCCCGGAAGUUCAACUAACCUGUGAAAAAGGAUGGCAUAUUACAUCAAUCAACUUUGCUAGUUUUGGAACUCCUUCUGGAAAUUGUGGCACAUUCAGUCCAGGAAACUGUCAUGCGGACAUGUUAUCCAUUGUUCAAAAGGUUUGCAUUGGUCAAGAAGGGUGUUCAAUCCCUGUAUCAGCAGCCAAUCUUGGUGACCCUUGUCCUGGAGUUCUCAAAAGCUUUGUGGUUGAAGCUCUUUGCAGCAACUAAUUCCAAUGGCUGCUCCAAAAUCAUUGUGAUGGCUUCUUGAUUCAAGGUUUGUGGUUUAGUCUGUCACACUACUGAGAUAAGGACCUCAAGCAGCCAUUCUUCUGGUCUUGCAGUUAUCCUCGAUGUCUUGCAUAUAUUUUUCUUUUCUAGCUUCAAACAAAGCUAAAUAAGUUUACACUCACGACUAUGGUGACCCAAAUAAAAUUGUAAAUCCUAUGUUUGGUGGCUAAGAGCGCCAUUUCAAUGCUUCAAAGUUCAUCUCCCUCUCCCUCGUUUACCUGUCA